UCGAGUUGUCAAGAUAUGCUUGCUACACUCAUACAGUCCUUAGAUCGGUUGCCGGAAGCAGUUGCCGAGGGCAAGUGAAGGAUCUGAUUAUUGUUAGUUGAAGAGGUCAAACCGAAUGCUCACAAGAGCAAGCUGCGCCUCAAGAGUUUCAAAGACAGCACUCACUUAUCCUCCCAUCAACAUGGUGCACACAUGUAAGUUUCGACUUGCUCGUCAAGCAAACAUUCUGGGUAAGAGCUUCCACGUGGCCGGCUGUCCAUCUGCGCCCAGAGUGCCUUCCAUGUCUUGAUCGCAGCCUUCUUUCAGACUCUGUUCGUGCGUACUCACUCCGCAUGACACACCCUCACACUAUCGUACAUUCAUCGACCCCUUUGCGCUUCUAUCGUUAAUACAUAAAUUUCGCUAUCUUUCGCUCUUCCGUUUCUUCAAUAAUGCAGUUCGAGCCUCCCCUAGGCAGCACCUUUCAAGCGUACCACAAAGCGAUCGACGACGUCGUGCAAUGGAUUGCGUCAACAGCGCGUGCGACUGGUACGGUUGGACAUUUGUUCGAGAAGGAUGUACCGACAGCGCAUCGAUCGUUUCUCCAGAAAUUGAAGGACAAGCGCGCAGCACCUCCUUCACUUCUAAGGAAGCUUAAGGGUAAAACGCGAAACCAGACGAAGUCAACGGUCAACGCUACCUCGCCCUCGACGAUCGAGAUCUCUUACAAGACCUUGAGGAGACUCGGCAAAGCGAUUGCGAGUGCAGACAACAUCGAAGUGGAUUACAACGUCUUGGUGGUUCUCAAAGGUAUCAUACACGCUCGAAAAGGAUUUGCUACGUAGUGCGUCCGCAGUCAGGAAGAAGUCACAGUAUCGGAGACGAUGAGGAAGAACAACAAAUGGAGACGCC